AACAUCUUCCACUUCAUAAAAAGGGAGGUUCUCAAACUUGUUAGCCUGCACUAAUAACCACACUGAAACCACCACACUGAAACUGAUUACUAAAAAAAAUGCCAUCUUACAGGUUUUAAUGGAAAAAACCAAACGGCAGUCAUUCACCAACAUACCUACUGCACUGCGCACCAUCUUUGGGUGUUUGUUGACACUAGUGUGGCUGUCGCUCUGCCUACAACACAUGCUUUGUUGCACUGAUUGGUUGUAUGUCUGUCUAAUUGCAUCCAAAGGCAGUUAUGGCUGUGUCCUGCGGUAAUUCCUUCUGGAAAUGAAAUGGAAAUGGAGAGAUCAACUGAGAAUUAGCCUGGCUCUGCCAGUUAACUAGCAACCAGUAGACAACAUAUAAGGAAGUAACUGAUUUCUCUUCUUUUUGCUUAAGUCUUCUGGCUGCACUGCAAAAUGGGAAAGGUGGAGUUCGUCCUUUUUGGGCUACUGUAUCAAUAUGGUGGUGCAACAUGGCAGCCUCCAACAGGGAUCAUUCUGUGCUUCUGGAAACACACUGAUUUAUUGUUGCAGGUAAUUGUACACUAAUCUGAUGCACUGAUGGCUAUAAAUUCUAUAUUCCAUUUCUGCUAAUCGAUGCUCCAAAAUCCUACACACAGUAGCUUUAAAAUAUAGGCACACUGAUGCUGACGACUGUAGCUGCUUAGAGCUGUCAGGCUUUGAGGGAUGCGAGAACUAUCAGUUAUCCAUCAUUAAAACUGGUGCUAAUAAUAGGACAGCACAUUUAAUUAGUGUGGAAAAAGAAACGGGGUGCAUAGAAUAAAUCUGCAUAAUUAAAGUCUCAAUUGGCGUGAUUUUUGGAAGAUUUGUAAAGCUGUGUUCAUUUUAGGCUCAUUAAUAUUGGUAGGAGAUCUUGAGUGCUUUUGUUUGGAGAUGUUUGAUAUUGCUAUAAAAGGAAAGCGUUUUCUUGGUGAGAUUCGGUGACGCAUGGCAUCUGCGCUUGACGCAGCUAUAUAAGAGACGACACCGGCUCCGUUUCGGUGGACACAUGGGGAGCCAGUUCAGUUCUUAACCGUUUUAAAGCCUGUGGGUGCCUGGAGACACUUUGAGGAACAGUGAGAUGAACACAACUGAGAACCUUUACCUUCCCGUUGAUGCCAUCUUCGAAAUGUUCCAAUCGCUAAUCGACCAAGUGAACAUUACGCACGCUGUUCUGCAGAGCGCAACCCGCGCGCCAGUCCUCCAGCAACCUAAAGUGUCAAACAAAUCCAAGACAGGCAUGGGCAUCAUCAAAAGCGUUAAAGGGCGGUGGGCACCAAGAGAAUCAGAUCGACCUUUAAGCUCUGGCAAUCGACAAGGAUCGUUUGAUCACAUCCCCAAGCGGUCCGUGGAUCUGCCCGAGCUGGGUCUGAUCAAGACGAGGAACUGUUACAGGAUAGUUGUGCUUGGCGGACCGAAAGUGGGUAAAACGAACAUCGUCCAGCGGUUCUUGGGUGGCGAGUUUGAAGAACGAUAUGAACCCACGACCGAGGACUUCUACAGAAAACUGUUCCACAUAGGAGAGCACGCGUACCAAGUUGAUGUUCUGGACGCAGCGCAUGAAAGAGACUUCCCGGCCAAGCGCAGGUUGACCAUCUUAACAGGUGACAUCUUCCUGCUCGUCUUCAGCGUGGAUGACAGACAGUCCUUCAAAGAGGUUUGUGAUCUACUCGCCGAGAUCCGAGCUGCAAAAACAAAGCUCCUGAAGCUAAAACACGCUGCGGCGGUGCCAGCCGUCGUAUGCGGCAACAAAGCGGACCUGGACGCGCAGUGCAAAACCGUCAGCCGGUCAGAGGUGACGCAGAUCCUCGGUGAGGACACGCCGUUUUUCGAAACCUCCGCUAAAGACGGUACCGGACUGGAAGGCGCGUUCAGAGCGCUCGCCGAACUGGGCGGACUGCCCGCGGAGACCAGCCCGUCCCGGCACCAGACAGUCUCCAUCCUCACCUACCAGUCGCUGUGCGUCGGACAGCAAAGCAGGAGGAGAGGGAGCCGCGCGCGCGGAGUGUGCGCGCCCUGCGCCGCCGUGGAUCCCCUCGCGUGCCGCCCGAGCUUCACCAGCGACCUGCGGCUGGUGAUCGGGUCGAGUAAACACAACAAACCCGAGAGGUGUCAGAUUCAAUGAAUUAUGCGCCUUCUCCACAAACCGAUUGUAGCAGUAAGCUGCAAUAUGUCAUUAUGUAUGGAGUUAUACUCUGAAGCACCUGGCUGGACCAGGACGUUAAUCUGUACAGAACCUCAAUAAAAUAAAUAUUUCUUAUUGUCA